UUAUGCAAAGGUGUGGGUGGAAAGACCAGAAGUGUUUCUUUUUAAACUCUCCGAAAUGCCAAAAGGGAACAAGAGUAAGAAAAAGGGAAGUAGACCAGAAGAAACCCUAGUGCCUCCCCCACCCUAUGUACCCCCACCCCAGGCACAGGAAGCGGCAGCCUCUCCGAAUGCACCGACAGGGACAGACUCAGAUUCGGAUGGACCUGAGUAUACAGGACCAGCGACCCGAAGUCGAACCAAAAAGGGUUUAUACCCCUUAAGGGAAAUGCCUAUGGGGGGACCACAGGCAGGCAUAGGGUUUGUGUCGGUGCCCCUGAGCUCGGGAGAUGUCAGGGAUUUUAAGAAAGAAAUGAGACACCUUUUGGAAGAUCCGCUUGGGGUAGCUGAACGGGUAGACCAAUUUUUAGGGCCCAACAUGUAUACCUGGGAGGAACUACAAUCUAUACUGAACAUUUUAUUCACGGCAGAGGAGAAAAAUAUGAUUAGAAGGGAAGGGAUGCGCAUUUGGGAUAUGCAACAUGCGCAGGGGCCGGCAGCAAACAUAAAAUGGCCAUUACAAAACCCCAAUUGGGACCAUCAGAAUCCGGCCCAUAGAGUCCACAUGCGGAAUCUCAGAACGAUAAUCGUGCAAGGAAUCAGGGAAUCUGUUCCGAGAGGGCAGAAUAUUAAUAAAGCCUUUAAUGAAAGACAAAAGAAGGACGAGACCCCCACUGAAUGGCUGGAGAGACUGAGAAAGAACUUUCAGUUAUACUCAGGAAUGGAUCCAGAUGGGCAGAUGGGGCAGGCAGUACUAAAAGUACAUUUUGUUUCCAAAUCCUGGGAGGACAUCAGAAAGAAAAUACAGAAGUUGGAAGAUUGGCAAGAUAGAGGAUUAGAUGAGUUGUUAAGGGAAGCUCAGAAAGUAUACGUGAGGAGGGAAGAAGAGAGAGAUAGGAGGCAGGCUCGAAUAAUGGUGGCAGCAGUGCGCGAAAGCCAGGGGUUAGAUAGGAGAUUCGAGCAGAGCAGAAGGGAACCGAGACGGAACGAACCAUCCCCAGGGGGGUGGAAAGGUCCAAGGGAAAAGCAGGAGUUAAAGGUGUGCUUUUACUGCGGAAAGAGAGGACAUUUUAAGAGGGAGUGCCGGAUGCGGAUCCGAGAUGAGAAGGAGUUCAAGGAGGAUUAGGGGGGUCAGGGGCUCUACCUCUUGGGGACCCAGAAACAUCAAAGGGAGCCCUUGAUAAAAUUGAAGGUGGGUCCCCAGGGCCAGGAAGUUAUCUUCCUGGUCGACACUGGAGCUGAGAGGUCUACGCUCCAGUCGUUACCUAAAGGGUGUAAAUUAUCAAAAGAAACUGCCACGGUAGUGGGAGCAAAAGGGGAACCUUUUGAAGUUAAGAUAAUAAAGGAAGUACCGGUGGAAUCAGAUUCCAAAAUGGGUAUUGGAAACUUUUUAUUAGUACCAGAAUCAGACUAUAACCUAUUAGGUAGAGACAUGAUUGUAGAAUUAGGCAUUCAAAUCGAAGUGGUAGAACAGGAGAUUCGGAUCAAGUUGUGCCCCUUAAGAUUAGAGGAUGAGGAGAAGAUUAACCCUGAAGUAUGGUAUAGUCCUGACAGUGCCGGAAGACUGGAAAUUACUCCCUUUAAAGUAACAAUCAGAAACCCGGAGAUUCCAGUAAGAAUAAAA